GACUACAAAACCCACUCAAUCAAAAUUCUUUCUUAACCAUUUCUUCCUUACCACAAAGCGAUUGGUUCAAGAGGUUUCUCCACUUUCAUCUAUACAUUGCAAUUCAACUACCAAAGCAGAUUCCCCUCGCAUCAUACCUAACUCAGGAAACUGAUAUAUACUGAUUACACAUCGUAUUCAAUUUUGUUUUGGAGAAAUUCUCAGAACUUGGAAAGUUCAGUACUUUAUUGGAAGAAAAAGAUAAAGAAAUAUCAACCAAUUCGUGUUCUGAAAAUGGAUCGAUUCGAUGAAAUGUAUAAAGAACGCAUUGCAGCAUUAUGGCGAGCAAUGUAUACUACAAAAUGCGUCAGAGAGGACAAUAUUCCGAGCAAAAUUGAAGAGGGUCUCUACUUGGGUUCUCUUGGAGCUGCCAGUAAUAAGACUGCAUUGAAAAGCUUAAACAUAACCCAUAUUCUGACAGUCGCAAAUUCUCUGCCCCCUGCUCAUCCGAAUGACUUUGUCUACAAAAUAGUUAGUAUACCAGACAGGGAAGACAUAAAUAUCUCACAAUAUUUUGAUGACUGCUUUGAAUUCAUUGACGGAGCUAAGAGAAAGGGAGGUGGUGUUUUGGUACAUUGCUUUGUGGGAAGAUCCAGGAGCGUCACAGUGGUUGUUGCUUAUCUAAUGAAAAAGCAUGGUAUGAGCCUAUCUCAAGCAUUGGAACAUGUGAGAAAUAAAAGGCCAGUGGCAUCACCUAAUCCCGGUUUUAUGUCGCAACUGCAGAACUUUGGGAAAACUCUUAAAGGCUCUCAGUCUACAAGCGAAGUUUAAGUGCGGAAGCAAUCAAUUAGCAAUACCACUUGAAGACAGUCAAGACAGAAGUUUCAUGUGUAAAGAUCUACAUAGCUCAAAAUAAACAUCGAUGUCAUAUGAAAAUUGCCCUGAAAAGGUCAUGAACUUGCCACUUUAUUUGAUAAGAAUAAAGCAAGAGUUCUGAUUGAGCAUUCUUCUUCUUCUGAUCCUAUCAAUCAGAAGAUCAGAAGAAGAUGAUAGCCUCGACUAACAUAGACAUUGAGUCAUUGACCGAGGAUAAUAGCCUCGACUACUCAACUGAACCAGAUUGAUAUAAGGCUUGCUAGCCGAGUUUAGAUAUGUAUCAGUUCCUGUGUUCCUCGCAUUCUUACCUUGAUUCUACCUAAGUGCACCUGUUAUAACAUCCUAUUCUUAAGAUCA